AUGGCAGAAGCUUCUGUUCCUCAAGAUUUUCGUCUUAUGAGUACGAACCUUCCUGUCCUUUGCCCAGUGGAAGAGAAGCCAGGGACCACGUUAUAAGCAAAGGACCUUGCCAGCCAAGAGAUAUAAAUUUUCCUUUGGAUAACCGGGCCUAACCAGAAUCGUAAGUUUCUAGUAUCGUGGUAUGAGAAAUUUCCUUGGUUAGAGUAUUCUGUCUCGUUGGAUAAAGCUUUUUGUUUCGUCUGCAGAGUGUUCAACGCACAGGUGAGUUAAUUGUGUGAUUUGCGCUUUAAUUAUUUUCCUAAGUUAGUCCUAACCUUGUUAAGUUGUUUACACUUAAUGCGUACCGUUUAAUUUGCAAUUAUACAUGGACCAUGGCCCUGGUAGUGUUUAAUUAUAUAUCAAAAUGCGAUGUGUAAUACUCAAUACUGUUGUUUUAAAUAAUUACUAAUUAUCGCAAAAGUAUGAAAAGUUCCACAAACAAACUAUAAUUCAUCCUCUCUGUAUCGUCAAAUAGUUCAGUUGAUAUGUAUUAUAAAAAUACAAGAAACGCUUCUUAUAUUAUGACAACGUAAAACAAUGACAUUUGUCUUCUUUGCAUGCAGACGACGUCGUCAAGGAGUGAACCUACCUUCAUCAAAACUGGUUUUAGUAACUGGAAAAAGAGCGAAGUCUUCGCAAAGCACGAGAAGUCAGAUUGCCACAAGCAUUCACUUCAAGCUCAUCGUCACUGGAAAUCCCAGAAGCCAAUACAUCAUCAAAUAGACGAAGAAAAUGAGAGACAAGAGUCAUAUCGUCAACAAAAU